AUGCCAGCACAACAAGUUCCUCACAAGCUCAGCUUACCAGACCUCCAGCAGCUGGUCCUUUACACAGGAAAUCUUAUGCGUACUAGCCUCGCAAGCCGCACAAAGGAAUUGAACAAACAACCCAAUGCAGAGUUAGUUCACGCUGUCGACGAUACCCUGAGACUGCUUAUGGACAGCCCUGGUGCUCCAUCAUAUCGCUAUUACACAGAACACGGACUACUUGAAGUACCAGACCUUCGACAGAGCAGUAGAAUACCAGCAGAGGACAGAAAUGAUGUGCAGGUCACAGCCAAACUAUUCUAUCUUUCCGAGAAUACACAACACGUCUAUCCACCCAUUCAUGUCGAUGCUGCAGUAAACCAUUUACAGAAAUUGCUGGGUGUAUCUACUAUUGACACCUUCCUUGUCUCAUUUGCCGGUGACCAUUCUCUAAAAAACACAUGCCAGGCCUGGAGUGCACUUGAGACAUAUCAGCAGCAAGGUGUCAUUGGCCGACUGGGUGUAUCUGACUUUUCUGCACAAAAUAUUGAUGAAAUUUUGACAAACAAGAGUAUAAAAGUAAAGCCUUCAAUUAAUCAAAUCAACGUUGGAUCAUGCUGUGACAUGCCAAAGGAAACUAUUGAACAUGCAAAGCGUAAUGGGAUUGAAUUACUGCACAACAGUGACAGUGCAGAUAUUCUAUCUACCGAGGAGCUUAGUAAGUUAUUGUCCAGCAGAGCAGUGGUACCAAAGACAACUACAGUGACCCCACGCUGGGUAAUCAAAUAUCACGUAUUUGUCCAGUGUCGUAGUGUAGUUGCAGACAAAGGAUAUAUUGUAAUGGGAGAUGCUCUUUGA